AUGCUUUCUACAGUCAGAUGCUUGCGCUCUCCUGUGCUGAGAGGGUUGUCCCACUCCCGUGCGGCCCGGUUCCACACAUCGUCGGUUUGCCGCAACGAACGUCCGCAUAACCUCUUUCAAACACCGUUCUUGGACUCUGCUGUGUUCGCUGUCAAGGUCAGGGAAUCUUUGGCCGGUCCUUUGCCCCGGGAAACAGUCCUUGCGGCGCUCGAAAACGUACGGAUAUUGCAAGACAACGUGCUCAUCGGGGACAAGUUCUCUGAUGAAUCCAAGGCCCAGAUCGCUGAGUUGAGCGGAAUGGCGAUGGAGAUCUUCAACGCCCCCAACGUGGCCAUGGACGACGCCUUCUUAAAAACGUACUUUCUCACGAUCAAACCGCACAUCGACGACACCCUCCAGGCGAUGAAGGUGUUUUACAAGCGCAACCCUACGGGCCACAUCGACCGUAUCACCGCGAUGAUCCCGUUCCGCCAGUUCCUCUUGCGCAACGAGCUCGAUGCCUGCUUUCGCAUCAUUGACUACACUACCAACCACAAGCGGUACCACCGCUACUUACAGAAGCAACUCCAUCGCAAGAUUGGCUACACUGCGGGUUUUGGGCUUGUCGGGUUAGGGGUGUUGGACCGUGUGCUCAGAUCGGUGAUUCCGGACGACGAUCCGACCCUUUUCACCAACUUUUACACAAUGUUGGCGGCGUACCUUGCGAACGCAGCGUUCAUGGGAUCCAUUGCGUUCGGUAGCAUCAUGUCGAAGAAUAAGGACAAUUUCUUGAACUGGCAGCCAGGCACGUUGCAGCGCCACUGGUACUUUCACCAAGACGAGAUGAAAAUGUGCUCGGCAAUCGCUGAGUUUGAUGCGGAGUUUAACGGGAAGGACGGAUAUGCCACUAAGGAUGUUAUGGACGAGUGUUUGAGCAGAAAGAUGGAGCCAGCCACGAACAUCGAGGAGUUUAUGUUACAGGAGUACUGGGUCAGGCAAGGCGAUGGGUUUGAGUGGGUGGAACCGGACCAGGACCCGGCUGAUGUGUUGAUUGUGCAGCACUUGAAGCAGUACAUUCCAGAGAAGUUGGGGGAGAAGUUGCAGUGGGCGAAUAAGUUGAUUGGAGCGUCCGAGACAUCCGAGCGGAGCGAGGAUGCCAAGGGUAUUGUCAGCAGUGGGGCCCAACCGGCUGUUUAG